UAACACAUCUGAAUAAUGUCACUGUUGUGUCUUCAGCAGAGCUGCUUUACAGCUGACACUGGAUUUGUUUGAUGAAUCGGGCAACAGUACUUCCCGUUUAUUAUUGUAAAGCUCUAUUGUUUGGAUAAAUGCGAGUCGACAGUAACAAAAUCUGCUCGGUGUGACUGCGCCUUUAAGAGCCGCUCCGCUGGUGACGCGCCGCGGCCGGUGGGCAGGAAGAGUGCGCGCGCGUGUGCGCGAUAGAGAGGCGCGUUGAUCGCUCCCGGAGCGCAGACACGGCACACGGUACGGCGGAAUGCGCUUCUGAUGCUGGGCUACGGUCUGAAUCAAGGCCAUCCUCACCGCAGAACACUCACCGAACGGCAGCAGCGGCCGCGCACGAUCCCGGAGACCGGCGGCGAGCGGAAGGACGGCGGACUGAAAACAGCAGGGCGGCUCGACGCGGGUGCACGAAGAGCGAGAGAGCGCGCCUGAGCGCGAGAGUGAGAGAGUGAGAGAGAGACCCUGCCCGUGCGUUCAGAGCCAUGAGAGAAUACAAAGUGGUCGUGUUGGGAUCCGGCGGCGUGGGAAAAUCGGCGCUGACCGUGCAGUUCGUCACCGGAUCCUUCAUCGAGAAGUACGACCCGACGAUAGAGGACUUCUACCGCAAGGAGAUCGAGGUGGACUCGUCGCCGUCGGUGCUGGAGAUCCUGGACACGGCGGGCACCGAGCAGUUCGCCUCCAUGCGCGAUCUGUACAUCAGGAACGGCCAGGGCUUUAUCCUCGUGUACAGUCUGGUCAACCAGCAGAGCUUCCAGGACAUCAAGCCCAUGCGCGACCAGAUCAUCCGCGUCAAGCGCUACGAGCGCGUGCCCAUGAUCCUGGUGGGCAACAAGGUGGAUCUGGAGGGCGAGAGGGAGGUGUCUUCCGGGGAAGGCAAGGCGCUGGCGGACGAGUGGAACUGCCCGUUCAUGGAGACCUCGGCCAAAAACAAAGGCUCCGUGGACGAGCUGUUCGCGGAGAUCGUGCGGCAGAUGAACUACGCGUCGGCGCCGAACGGAGACGACCAGUGCUGCGCGUCCUGCGCGAUUCUUUAAGAUCCGAGCGCGAGCUCUGGUUUCCCGUUCGCGUUUGUUGCCAUGGUGUGUUUCGGAUUCUGUACUGUUGAGCUACGCGUCUCCGCAGGAGGACGGAUCACUCUUCAGGAAUUGCAGCACUGCAUUGAUGUCAACACAAGUGUCUUGCACUCGCAACUGGAACUUAAACCCCAAAAACGUGGAAGACUGAGACACGCGGGAGCGAGGAGGUUAAAGCGGCUUGGAAACCCUUGUUGUGAAUCAAAGUAUUGCUUUCCGUGCGCCGGCGGGUGACGUCACGAUUGAAACCACGCCCCACUGAGCGCACGAGGACUGUACUGUUUUGACGCGAGGACGUCGGAGGUUACGCGUCGAGUGCCUUCCAAAAAGCUGUUCAAGAGUUUAGUGCCAACCUGCAAGCAGUCUCGGUUCAUGGCAGUCCACACAGUACUUAACUGUUACACUCGCUAAUCGUUCCGGGGGUGAACGACGUUUAAAAGGCCUAUUGUUUCUUUGUUUUGAGUGAAAAUCUCUUUGGUUUUUUUUCUUUCUCCAACACAGGUACUGGAGCCCCCAAACCAUCAGAUCUUCUGUUAUUUUGUUUUUAACAAAUGUGAUGUACCAUUCAAAUUCUAAUCCGAUUGUACGUUUAAUUGCAGACUAGCGUUUUAACAGCUGUCUGAUUGUUUUAAAGAGACUUUUAAUACAUGCAUUUUUAAAAAAACUUCA